UCAUACCUAUCAACGAACAUCAUGUUUGUGCCAAUUGUCCUGGCAACCGUCUGCCUCGCCAGCAGCACGGUCUUGGCUGCUUUCGACAAGCCGUACUACGACCUGGAAGACGCCGAGAACCUAUUCGACGCCUUCCUUCAAGAGCAUAAUAAAGUAUACACCCGUCAAGAGUAUCACGAAAGGCUCGCAAUCUUCAAAAAAUCCUUAAAAUCGAUAAAUGAGCAAAAUGAGAAAUUCCCUGACACUGUAUUUGGAUUGAAUUACUUCGCUGACUUAACUCCCAAAGAGUUACAGUGUUAUCGCGGUUACAAACAGCAAAAUGUUAAUUUGACGAACGUGGAGAUCACCGAGGGGUUGGAUGCGCCUGAGGCCUUUGACUGGAGACAACAAAAUAAGGUUACACAUGUUAAGAACCAACAACAAUGUGGGAGUUGCUUCAUCUUCAGUGCUAUUGGUGACAUUGAAGGUCAGCAUGCUAUUAAGCACAAUCAACUCAUAGCUCUGUCCGAACAACAAGCUCUCGACUGUCUUAAUGUAGGAACUUGCGAGGGAGGAUGGAUGCACCAAGUUAUGCAGGAAUUAGCUCAAAGACAAAUGAAAUCAGAAAAGGAGAGUGAUUAUCCCUACAAAGGAGCCAAAGAUAGCAGCUGUCAAUAUGCGCCCAACAAUGGGGUUGUCCAGUGCACGGGCGGCGAACAAAAAGCUAUCAUGGACGAAGAACAGCUGAAGGCCCGUCUAGCCAACCGUGGACCUAUUUCGAUUGCUAUAAAUGCAAACGACUUCAACUAUUAUCAUCAUGGUAUUCUGAUACCUAGUCAAUGCACAGGACAACCCGUAGAUCACGCGGUGCUUUUGGUGGGAUACGGAGAAGAAGGCGGCCAAAAGUACUGGAUAAUCAAGAAUUCCUGGGGAGUUGGCUGGGGAGAGCAAGGUUAUGUGCGCAUGCUGCGAGGAGUCAACGCAUGCGGCAUUGGGUCUGCCGUAGCCGAAUCCACUGUAGCAUAAGAGCAUAACCUCUUUCGUUUACUAUUACGAGCACUCAAUGAAUCCCAAAGCGUAUUCAAGGCAUAGCAAAAUUCUAAAUUAAACUUCAUCAUCAUCAUCAUCAUAUCAGCCGAAAGACGUCCACUUCUGGACAUAGGCCUCCCCAAAGAUUGCCACAAUGACCUGUCCUGCGCCACCCGCAUCCAGCGGACUCCUGCACCAAGUCAUCGGUCCACCUUGUGGGUCUACCCACCAAAACCAAAGCCAAAUUAAACUUAAGAAGUAGCAAGCAGUUUCAUGGCUCACCUUUACGAUAAUCAACUUACCUAUACAUCUUUUAUCAUGGUUUAGGUAGGAAAUUAAUUAACAAUAAUGUGAAUUUGGGCAGCAUGAAAACUUACAAGAAAACUAAAAUUUUCAUAACUGUUCUUUUUCUUCACAAUUAUAUCGGCUUCAUUCAAUAAUUGGAAAUAAAUAAAUUUGGUAUAUCGUGGCUAGACUUUCAAA